AUACUGCAUGUCGUUGAAGCUACUGAGGAUUUUGACAUCAAAUACUGCAUUGGAACUGGCAGCUAUGGCACUGUUUAUAAGGCACAACUUCCAAGUGGCAGAGUAAUUGCCUUGAAGAAACUCCAUAGGAAGGAAGCAGAGGAGCCAAGUUUUGACAAAUGUUUCAAAAAUGAGGUGAAACUGUUAACAGAAAUUCGCCAUAAGAACAUUGUGAAGCUUUACGGUUACUGCUUACAUCAAAGAGCAAUGUUCUUGAUUUAUGAGUACAUGGAAAAGGGAAGUUUAUUCUAUGUCCUAAGAAAUGAAGAUGAAGCAGUGAAAUUAAGUUGGAGGAAAAGGGUGAACAUUGUGAAAGGAAUUGCACAUGCUUUAUCAUACAUGCAUCAUGAUUGUAGUCCACCAAUUGUUCAUCGAGACAUAUCAAGCAACAACAUUUUAUUAAACUCAGAUUGGGAGGCUAUUGUAUCUGAUUUUGGAACAGCAAGAUUUCUUUAUCUUGAUUCAUCCAAUCAAACUAUACUUGCCGGCACUCGUGGAUAUAUUGCUCCAGAGCUUGCAUAUACUAUGGUGGUGAAUGAGAAAUGUGACGUGUAUAGCUUUGGAGUGGUGGCGCUGGAAAUAAUUAUGGGAAAGCAUCCCGGAGAACUUCUUUCUUCAUUACCUUCAUUACCAUCAUCACCAUCAAAUUCAAAUGUAAUGUUGAAAGAUGUGUUAGAUUCACGUCUCCUUCCUCCCAACAACCAUAUGGUUGCUCAAAGUGUGGUUCUUGGGGUCACGUUAGCACUGGCAUGCUUGAGAUCCAAUUCAAAAUCUCGACCAACAAUGAAGCAAGUGAGUAGAGAGUUCCUUGUUCACAAGCCAGUUCCAUUGUCUCAAUCUCUUCAGGAAAUUCCUCUAUGGCAUCUGAUAAAUCAAGACAUAUGCAUGCAAGAGGAAAAUUAGCUGACGUGCAAGGUAGUUACUGCUUGGGAUUGCAAGAAAAUAAUGGAGUGAAGAAAUUGUUCAAGUUGCCAAUGCACCAUCUAUUAAUACCUUUUUUAGUGUCCAUCAAUUUAGGAAAAAAAAAAGACUGAAUUUAAAAUGUAAUGAUCAUAGUUUGAAGGUCUUUGUCUAUUUUUAGGUUUAUUUUUCAUUUCAUUUUGUGGAUUAUUGUGUAACGGCCAGCAAUCUCAGGGAUUUAGUAAGUUAAAUGAUAGGCCUUGAAUCUUUUUUAUUA